AUGUCUUCAAGAGCCUUAAAUGACUCAGUCAUCGAUGACGAUGAUGAGCUUUGCCCGCUCUGUAUUGAAGAAUUUGAUCUCUCCGAUAAAAACUUCAAGCCAUGCCCCUGUGGGUACCAGAUAUGCCAAUUUUGCUAUAAUAACAUCAAAACCCAUAGUGAAGAAGGCCGUUGCCCAAACUGCAGACGCGUUUACGACGAGAGCAACAUUCAAUAUCGUGUCCCAGAUGUCGAUGAGUUCAAAGCUGAUCUGGCUCUAAAACAUCGAAAAGCCGCAGCAGCAAAGCGGAAGGAGGCCGAAAAACGAGAAAUCGAAGCCUCAAGUCGGAAAAAUUUGGCUGGCGUUCGGGUCGUCCAAAAGAAUCUCGUUUAUGUUAUCGGCCUCAACCCAACAAUCAGGGAUGAAAACCUAUUAUUACAAACUCUUCGUGGUGACCAAUACUUUGGCCAGUAUGGGGACAUUGACAAAAUAGUUGUCAGUAAGGCAAAACCAGGUGGUAACCCGAACCAAGGUAUUGGUGUCUACGUCACCUUUGCGAGGAAGAUAGAUGCAGCUACGUGCAUUGCGGCAGUUGAUGGUUCACCCAAUGGUGAUAGAGUCCUACGGGCACAAUAUGGCACUACCAAAUAUUGUUCAUCGUUUCUCCGCAAUGAAUCAUGUAAUAAUCGGAACUGCACUUUCCUUCACGAAACCGGAAACGACAGCGACAGCUUCAGUCGACAAGAUCUUUCAUCAAUGAAUACUAUAUCUUCUCAACGUUUCCCCUCAAACGGAUCGUCCUCCGGAAACCCACAAACACAGAAUCAACGGCCAUCUCCUGCGACUAGCCAUGCACGAGCUGUCAACACACAGAACACGCAGUGGCCAGCUGUCAAGGACGAUGGUGGGGUUCGUGCAUCGAGUGCGGAUUCCUCUGCCCUUCCAUCAUCUGCAAGUUGGGCAAAUAGGGACUCUUUGGUUCAGAGGACAAGACGGGAGAGUAUAGCCGCCAGUAGGUCAUCUCCGAGCCCUAAGCCUACAAACGAAGCAAUUGCCUCUCGACCCAUAAAUGGCUAUGGCAAGGAGCUUCAACGAGCAGCAGAGCAACCCAGCACUGUUUCAGACUCGGCUGGGCUUACCGAGCAGGCCAGUACCGUGUCACAACCUACAUCUCCAUCACCUACCAUGGUAUUCGAUAAACUGGUGAAAGCUGUGAAUUCUCCAGAAUUCCGGUUUCAUUUCUCAACUGCAGCCUUACCUGAUGACGAGCUAGCAUUUAUUGAGAAUCACCCUUCGCUUAUCGACCCCUAUGGGGGUGUCAAACGUCGUGCUAUGCGUGAAAAGGCCGAACAAGAACGUGCAAAACAUACACUUGACGGAAAGCUUCUACAAGCCCCCGUUGAGGAGGAAAACCUUGAAAGUGGCAGCUCACAAUUAGGUGGUGAACCAGAAGAUUCACACGGUAGUGUUAGCGUUUCAGGGAGGCAUUCGAGAGAGCCGCAGUCUGCUAUCCAGCCCCCUUCUCAACAAGCCACAGCAAACAACUCUGUUGUUGGAUCUCCUGUAUCCAACAGCCAUCAAUUUCAAAGCCUGAAUGUUAAUGCUCGCAACCUUUCUCAACUCCAACAGCAGCAGUUGAUGCUGCUUAAGUCUGCUGGGGGGCAACAACAUAAUACCAUGGAUCUGCAAGCUAAUACUACUUCUGGCACUUUUGAUCAAAAUGCACGAACGUUCCAAAACCAGAUGGCUGGAUUGAACAAUAUUCCUGGACAUACAAGACAGUCGUCGCGUUUUUCAUUUGCCUACGAUGUUAAUUCCAAGAACUCCAACAGCAGACUCCUCGGCUCACAAGGGCCGAUGAUGCAAUCCUCGAGCCCCAAUCCUCUUUCGAUCCCAACUACUCAACACAAUCUUGGCAACCAAUACUUUGUUAGUGGUAUUCAGGGUCCCCCGCCGGGGUUGAAAAGUGCUGGUACUCCUCCUGUCAGUGGCGGUGGCAUGUUUGCUCAAGGCCAUGGUUUCACAAGCACGAUGAACAAUAAUCUUGGGCUUGGGACUAAACAAGAUGGAAAUGCUGACUUGAUGCGUGAAAUUAUGCGUGCCAGGGGCGCCGCAAGCGGGAGUGUUCAAUCCCAUGAUGCAACAAAGCGUGAGUUCAUGUUUCCUUUACUCCAACAAAAUAGCACACCCCCUCCUCUGGCUCCCGUUUCAGGCCUUUUAAAUCCGCUCUAUGGCCAGCAACUUGGUUUAUAUCAAGACCAAGUGCCACAGAAGCAGAAAAAGAGGGGAAAGAAGCAUAGACAUGCUAACACUUCCUCCGGCGGAGGCGGUGUAGUAGAUCUUGCAGACCCGAGUAUUUUGCAGGCGAGAAUGCACCAAGGUGGCGCCAAUGCUGCCACUGGGCAGGGACUGUACGGGAGUCAGGGUCAAGAGGACGAGGAUUUCCCACCGUUAGCUCCAGCAUCCAAGCCAAAUUAUGACAAGCAGUCUCCCGAUACCAUUCGUUUCCCGACGCGGACAACUGUCCCUGGCGAAUCUUCGCUUACUUCAAGCAGAUCUGGCACUCCUGCUGUGCCACCUGGGUUUAGUUUACCGCAUGCCCAUCCAUCAGCGCCUUUCGUUCGCGAGUCAAGAACGUCAAGUCCAUCGCUACCAAAGACGCCUUUGACAAUAAACCCACCUCCAGGGUUGGUACAUCCCCAAGCACUUUCAGAAUCAAAUGCUCCUCCUGAAUCAGCCAAGGGUUCUUUUGCUGCCACAUUUAAGCAGCCUACUAAUAGAGCUGCUGAAAUAUCUCUCGGGUCCCCUAAACCAAAAGCCAGCAGUGCUGCCAAAUCCACUACUUUAGCAGGUGAUGCGCCAAUGGUGAAAGCACAGCAGUCUAGCCAUGGGAAGUCAAAGCCAUUGAAGCUUGACCUUUCGACUUUUGAGAAAAUUCGUGAGCCUCUUUCUCACUCUUCGAAUUCUGUUGCAGCACCGACCACUUCCUCAACUGGCCCGGAAUCGAGGCCAAACACCCCGGGAACCAACUCUCGUACAUCAAACUCUCCUGCUCCGCGCCAGCCAAGGGUUUUACGUGUUGUUGAUACCCCGAAGUCGGAGCCAGUAGCCCCUACGAUCUAUGCUAGUACAUCUGUCUGGGGCUCAAAACAGCGGCCGGGUGUACAUGGCCUCUCCUCUGUCAGCCGACCAACAACACCAGCAGGCUCUGAGUACGACGCCCAAACAUCAGCGUCAGUUUCACGUGCGAAUUCGCCGCCGCCAUCCAGAAUUGGAUCCGCGCCAGUCAGAUCAGUUACAAAAAGCCAAGUAAAAAAGGAUAGGAAAUUAAAGGCCAAAAAUGCGGAGGCAAAGAAAGAUGAAAUGCUUUUAGCCAGUACGCCAACCAACGGCGAGACUCAAGCUCCGAUCAUUGGCCGGAAGCGCAAGACAAAGAAGGCACCGAAACAGACGAAUGGAGAUGUUGAUACCAAUGCAUCAGAUGGAGAGCAAAAAGAAUCAUCUGGAAUCGAUACUGCCAAAGCACAGCCUGAGCCUUCCAGCAGUCAACGCGAAACCUCAUCCAAGACUAAGGCUGCAAAUCAAGAAGAGCCUAAAAAACAAGAACAAAAAGCCACGGUACAGAACGAGCCAUGGCGAGAGAAUAACACCCUUCAACAAAUGACAAUAGACGCAGAGGCGAAAGGUAUUCCAGUCAAAGAUCUAUUUCUUGAACGUACAGCGCCACUUCCUACUCUCCUGGGGCAGCUCCAGCAACUUGAAGGCUUCGACUUGAAUGCCCAUCCGCUUUUCAACCCACCAAACCUUGGUCAACGCACAGAUAUGAAAUGCAAUGCAGAUGACUACGAUAUGCUGCACAACCCACUUGAGUUGACUGAAGAGCACAGAAAACAGCUCCUUCACGGCGAACCUGUCCGCAUCAAUACUGGUGAUCCUGACAAGCUCAAGCACCGUGCCCUCAUUACACCUACAGGCUGUAUCUUACGCCAUCUCUCCGCCGAGGAAGAAGACCGUUACUUGGCGUUGGAGAAGAACCUCUCAUUUGUCCUGGACGUCAUCCAAGACUCGUACCCCUCUCUCCUCAUCUCUGAACCUGAUAUCACCAACCGUGGAGGCGGACUCGAUGCCCUCUUCGCUACUCCUGAAAAGUUCAACAUUUGUUGGGUUGACGAAGACUCCACUCGCAACGGCCUCGUAUCCAGCAUCACCGCUGACGGCUCAUCCGCCAUUCUUUCUAAUCCACUACAUGCAAACAAUACAGGCACGUCCACAUCUGAGCCUGAAAUGGUGCGCUCACAUAACUGGGCUAUUAGCAGUGGCGGCGAAACAGUGCCAGUUCGCUCGUCAGCAUCCAAGUCAAUGAUGGGAGGUCGUUGUCCAAGUAUCGGCCCUGGGCUUGAAGAAUUAAUGAACAUGUCUGACGCGGAGCUUCGGGCUAUGAUUAGUACCUCGCAGGCUGAACUGGAUGUAUCGAGACGAGAGGUUGAUGCCAUUGAUAAGAAGAUCAUGGCCCUCGUUAAGAGGAAUAAGAAGCUUGUGCAGCAAGCUUUAGCUGCAGCUCAGGAGUCAAUCGGCUCUUCACACUAG